CAACGUCGAUGAAGAGAAGGAGCUGGCGUUCGCAGUUGCAGCAACCCAAAAUGGAUCCAACGGAGCGGAGCAGCACCCGCACCAAGUGCUGAUGACAGUCCAGAAUGUCAAUGCAACUCCAUCGCAGUCGACUGGUGCGAGUUCGGGUAGCAUGCCUUCGUCGGUGCCCGUAGGGAGCGUAGUCUGGCAGCGACAAGGUUCAGCACAUAUCGGCACUGGAUCAACUUCUACAGCAAGUGCAAGCUAUAAGAAUAACGCCAAUUAUGCCACCUAUCAUGGCGCCACCGCAAGUACGGCCGCAGCAACAAGAAAGAGCACGAGGUCUUCCGGGAAGAACGCGGCGGCGCCAAGGUACGCCGCAACAAAUUCUCACGUGGGAUCUUCUUCUAGCUCUGUCUUGCCGGGAAGCAACCUCUUCGGCGGAGCAGAGGAGAGUGCGGCAUCUCAUGAUUCGGCAGCAGGCGGUCAUGAUUACCUCGUGGCACAACAUCAUCAUCAGUCUGCUGACCAGCAAGCCGAAGCCCACCAGCAGUAUCAGCAAUCUGUCACGGCCGCGUACCACGAUGGAUCUGCAGGAGCUUCAGGUUCAGCAGCUGAGACUUCGUAUUACAACUACGUGCCUGGUGCGCCUGGAGGGCGUUCCGCCAGUGCAGAGGAUGGCACUUUGCACGCGCAGGCUGGUGCCGAAACGGCAGGAGGAGUGUCUUGUGGCUAUUCCUCAGAAGGGUAUUACGCACAGCAGCCUUACAUCACUGCAGGCUACCCGCAAGGGUAUCAUCACCCAAGCGCAUCUUCUCAUGCUCAGCAGUACCCGCAUUACAGCAAUGCUCAGUACAAUCAGUCCGGGACCUACGCGUACGGUGCUUCUGCACCUGCCGGCCUACAGUACACGGAGCAUUACGUUGAGGGGGCGGCAGCGCAGACACAGCUGAGCCAGCAGCAUGCAUAUCAACAAUAUCCCACGACCUCGCAACACGAGCCUCGAAGUACUUACAGUAGUACCGUAACGACUUCGUCGUCACAGCAACAGGAAUAUUAUUGCAGCACAGCGCAACAGCAGCAGCACCACUUUGAUCGAGGAGUUUCAACAAGCGGGCGUGCUGCUUAUCAGCAGGCACCAGCGGCAGCUGCGAGCGGAGCGCAUCAAAGCCGAAGAGCGGCCCGCGCGGCCGCCGCAGAUGACGACGAGGCUGCCUUGUUGGAGGCCGAGACGCAGGUACGAGAGCAAGGGAAGGAGCGCGCUGAUGAGUUUUUGCAUGCGGUAAAAGGCAUGUACGGAAAUCCUAGCAUGUUGAAAGCUGACGUGCGCGAGCGUGAACGGACAGCUGCAGCACCGACGGGUGAUCCCGCGUCUGAGCCACCAGUUUAUGGUGAAGAGCAAGGCCAGGAGGAGGGCGGUGUGCCAAAGCACCUUCCUGGAGAAAUCGAUUUCACAACGUACACUAAACGGGAGGGCGCCCGGCUCUCGAUGUGGCGUUGGCUCGAGCGCAUUGUGCUUCCAGAAUUCUUUCAGGGUGAGCGCUUUGACGUGGGUGCCGACCAGCUGGAUACAGACGCGCCUCCUUGUGGAAUUCAUAAUAGCUCCUCAAGUAGAGGCGUACCGAGUGAUGAAGUGUUUCAAGCAAGAAUGAUUAAGAGGCUGGUGCAAGCAGCGAAGUCGAGAGCAGCGCUUUUGCGGUGUCGUCAUGGCUGGGAUCUGUGGUGGAAGCUCUACCGACGGCGAAUCCACAGCGAUCGGUUCAUCACUGUGGCAAUGCAGUCCGGUAUUCCUGAUGUAAGGAAGGUCGAGGCCCUUCGGGAAUUUCUUCCCUUACACCCAGAAGACGAGGAUGACCCCUUGUGAAGCUGAGGAUAGCAUCGGGGCCGUGGAUAAGGAAGAGCGUCUUGUGAAGGC